AGAGUCCAUUUGAUUAAGUUACAGCCUUACAGCGAGGAGGGAGAGAGAGAAAGAGAGAGAACUCUUCUGCUGACAGAGGGUAACCUCGUGCAGAGGGUUCUCUGGAUUUUCCCAAAGUUGGACGGAGAAGGUAAAAUACAAUACAGUGCAUAAACAAUAAGAUGGAGACAUUAUGUUAGAUUCAUUGCAUUGAUUAGUCACAAACCUCGUCCUACUGAAACCCAGAUUCCUAAAAAAAAUAGAAAAAAAAAAUAAUUUCUUCACGUUACCAAUCUUCCUUUGUUAAAACCUUGGGCUUUUUUGUACUCUCACCAUUCCGUGGUUUUCAUUCCUCCAAUGUUUGUUUCUCUUGUCGGGUUGUGACGAAACGGAUCUCAGGUCGCGUCCACGAAUCCCGGUGCAGCGUGGCGUUUCAGUGUCUUCGUCAUUGUUGGUGAUUCCCUUGCGAAUCCCGGUGGCAUUUGCUUUUUCUUAGGGUUUUGAUAUUAAUGUUGGAAUUUUCCCUCUAAAAUAGAGGUUGAAUUUUGAAUUUCGGUUUGGAUUUGGUUGUGGCCUUGUUAAGAUGAGUUCCAGCGUGUCUGGAAGCUUGGUCCAUGAGAACAAGCUCGUGGUUAAUAUUGCUGAGAAUGGACACUCGUAUGAGUUGGAUUGUGAUGAGAACACGCUUGUUGAGGUAGUUAUGCGGUUUAUUGAAUCUGAAACUGGGAUUAGUUUCAGUGAUCAGCUUGUUCUUUAUAUGGAUAUGAAGCUAGAGCCGCAGCGGCGGCUCUCGUCUUACAAGCUUCCCUCUGGCGACCGGGAAGUGUUUGUGUUUAGCAAAGUGAGGCUUCAAAGCAACUCGCCGGCGCCGCAACUUGAGCAAAUUGAUGUUCCUGAUAGUUUGGAGCCUCCAUCGCCGUCCUCCUCACAUGAUCCUCACCCUCUUGAUGAUGCUUUGGACCCUGCCUUGAAGGCUUUGCCUUCUUAUGAGCGCCAAUUCCGGUACCAUUACCAUUGUGGGAACGCGAUUUAUGGUUGUACUUUGGUGAAAUAUGAGCAUUGUGAGAGGCUUCUGAGGGAACAGAUGGUUCAAGAGAGGGCAGUGGAGGUUGCAAGGGCCAAUUUGGAUCAGUACUAUCGAAUGAUAAACCAGAACUAUGUGGAAUUUAUGAAACGUUAUGUGCAGCAACACCGGAUGCAUUCUGAUCUUUUGGUGAAUUUUGGGAGAGAUGUUGAGAAAUUAAGGUCCAUCAAAAUUCACCCUGCCCUUCAAACUGCAAAUCGGAAGUGCUUAUUGGAUCUUCUGAAGGAAGAAAACUUGAGGAAGUCAGUGGAAAAUUGUGCCACCUCCCACAAGCAGUUUGAGAAUAAAGUGUUACAGAGUAAGCAGACUUUUGGUGAAGUGAAGCGUAGGAUCGAGGAAUUGUUGUCAAGCAGGGCUUUCUUGCCCAUCAAGAAUUUAGAGAGAACAAUUAAAGAGCAUCAGAGAUAUAUAACUGAACAGAAGAGUAUCAUGCAAUCUCUGAGCAAAGAUGUUAACACUGUGAAGAAACUGGUGGAUGAUUGUUUAUCCUGUCAAUUGUCCUCCUCACUUCGUCCUCAUGAUGCAGUUUCAGCCUUGGGUCCUAUGUAUGAUGUUCAUGACAAAAAUCACCUGCCUAAGAUGCAGGCCUGUGAUCGUGCUAUUUCUAAGCUACUUGACUUUUGCAUGGACAAGAAGAAUGAAAUGAACAUAUAUGUCCACAAUUACAUGCAAAACAUCACUUAUGUAUCUUAUCUCAUCAAAGAUCAGAAGCUACAGCUUCCCGUGUUUAAAGAGGCAAUGGCUCGUCAAGAUAACUUAUUUGUGGAUUUAAAGUUGUUCCGUAGUGUUGGCCCUGCAUACAGAGCUUGCCUUGCAGAAAUAGUGAGAAGAAAGGCUUACAUGAAGCUGUACAUGGGCAUGGCUGGGCAACUGGCUGAAAGACUUGCUACAAAGCGUGAGGCUGAGGUCAGGAGACGAGAUGAGUUUCUUAGAGCACUUAGUUCUUGCAUACCUAGAGAUGUAAUAGCUUCUAUGGGAUUGUUUGACACCCCUAACCAAUGUGAUGUCAAUAUAAGUCCGUUUGAUGUUGGUUUGCUUAAUAUUGACAUAUCAGAUGUGGACCGUUAUGCUCCUGAGUAUCUAGUAGGAGUAACAUGUAAACUAGAGAAGCAUGGAAGCUUUAAAGGUUCAUCCACAUUGUGUAGUGACGGCUCUCACUCUGCUGAGGUUGUAGAUACUACUGCUGACUCUACUGAGAGAUAUGAUUCUGAGGAGUUCCUUGAUGAAAGUGAGUCAAUUGAAAUUGCUGGUACUAGCAAAAUUGAAGUUGAAAAUGCAAAACUGAAAGCAGAGCUUGCUGCUAGAAUAGCUUUAAUUUGUUCUCUAUGCCCUGUGGUUGAGUAUGAGUCCCUGGAUGAUGAAAGGCUGGAUAGUAUACUGAAGAAUACAACAGAGAAGACAGCUGAGGCCUUGCAUUUGAAAGAUGAAUAUAUCAAACAUGUUCAAUCAGAACUUAAAAUGAAGCAGAUGCAAUGUAUCUCAUAUGAGAAACGCAUUCAAGAAUUGGAGCAGAAAUUAUCUGAUCAGUAUGUGCAGGAACAGAAGAUAUCUGUUGUAAAUGGUGCAGCUGACUUUCCUCAUAUGGUUGGUAAGACAGAUAAUUACAAGUCAGAAUUUGUGAGAGGUGAUGUGCAUUCUGUGUCCAUUACUGAGCCCAUGGAUGAGGUUUCAUGCAUCUCAAGUUCCUUGGAUGUAAAACUUGGUCUAUUCACAGAACGUUCAAGUAAAGCUUUGGAUGGGGUGGAUGAGAACAUGUUGGAUUCUUCUGGAAUACAAAACCCACAGUUGGAUUCAUCUAUGGUGGAGCCUCAUAGUAAAGAAAUGCAAAGUGGUGACAAGUUAAGAAAAGAUAAGAUAGUCAGGCAACUGAGCAUGUCACUAACAAACAGUUCUACCGCAGAGAGCAUGCCUAUGAAUGGUCAAGUAACUUGUGAAUCAGCAGUUCAUCCAGACAUAAAUUCCAAAGCAAAUGAAAGGUUGUUGGAACUUCAAAGUACACUUGAAGAGAAAUCAAAUCAAUUGAGUGAAACUGAAACCAAGCUUAAAAGUGUUCUGGAGGAGGUUUCUCUGCUCAGGAGGGAGUUGGAUACAAGUCUAAAACUACUUGAUGAAUCUCAGAUGAAUUGUGCUCACUUGGAGAAUUGCUUGCAUGAGGCAAGAGAAGAAGCUCAAACACAAAAAAGUUCCGCUGAAAGGAGGGCCUCAGAGUAUGGACUUCUACGUGCAUCUGUACUUAGAAUGCGCAGCCUCUUUGAAAGACUCAAGACAUGUGUUUAUUCUAAGGGCGGUGUGGCUGGUUUUGCAGAUUCCCUGCAAGCUUUGGCGCAAUCUUUAGCCAAUUCUACUAAUGACAAAGAUGAUGAUGAUAUUGCUGAGUUCCGAAAGUGUGUCCGUGUAUUAGCUGAUAAAGCUGGUUUCCUAUCAAGGAAUCGUGGAGAGCUGCUUGAGAAGUAUCUGAUAAUUGAAGCUGCUAAUGAACAGCUGCGGAAGGAAUUGGAGGAGAAAAUUAAUCAGGUCAAAAAUUAUUACAAUAAGCAUCAACUUGAGAAGCAGGCUAAUAAGGAGAAGAUUUCUUUUGGUCGCCUUGAAGUUCAUGAGAUUGCUGCCUUUGUGCUCACUUCAGCUGGGCAUUAUGAGGCGAUUACUAGGAGUUCCUCCAACUAUUACUUAUCUACUGAAUCUGUGACCCUAUUUAUGGACCUUCUUCCAAGCAGACCCAACUACAUAAUUGGACAAAUUGUGCAUAUUGAACGCCGGAUUGUGAAGGUACUCCCUCCUACUUCAACUUGGCCUGAGCAUGCUAGGGCAGAUCAACUGAGCUCUGAAACCAGGACGAACCAGUUGACCUUGAAUUCAGGAUCAACUUCAAACCCAUAUGGUCUUUCUCUUGGUUGUGAAUAUUUUGUAGUGACAGUAGCAAUGUUACUUGAUGCCACAAUUCAUUCACCAUCUCCUUCCUGAUCCUGCUUCAUACUGGCAGAUACGAUGUGAUGGAAGAAAUCAGUUGUACAUAAACUAAACACCUCUAAAUGCUCUUCUUUGUGGGAGUUGAACUGGUUAAUCUCUUGUACAGCUGGUGAUCCAAUUCUGUUCAAUCUCCCCUCUGUAAAUAUGGUUUUACCUUUUACAUGUAUAGGUUGUGAAUAUUAUUUAGCACUUAGUUGCUGCUUAGUCAUUCGGAAUAUAAGUUCUCGUAUUUUAUUUGGUAAACAACAUUUU